GUCACGCAACUUCCCACCCUCAAAUAUGUACAUGUACUCCCUCCUACUAUAUAAACCUAAUCUCACUCUUCAAUUCCAUAUCUCAACAAAAACUACUAUUUCAACUAGUCAAAUUCUUUUAAAUUAAUGGCUCUCGACACUGCACCAACCCUGCCCUCGAGCAAGCGCACCAAGCGCCCCCGCAGCCGCGAGCCAACAGAGGAGGAGUACUUGGCUCUCUGCCUCGUCAUGCUCGCUCGCGGCGGCGGCCCCACCUCCGCAUCAGCCAAAGCGCCCGCGGCGGAUCCUUCCAACCUCAUCUAUAAGUGCUCUGUUUGCGACAAGGCGUUCGGGUCCUACCAAGCCCUGGGAGGGCAUAAGGCCAGCCACCGCAAGCUCAGCGCCGAUCACGACCACGCCGCCGCCUCCACCGUGACGGCAGCGGCGGCGAGCUGCGGAGGGAGGACGCACGAGUGCUCCAUAUGCCACAAGAGCUUCCCGACGGGGCAGGCCUUGGGAGGCCACAAGCGCCGCCACUACGACGGCGGAAGCAGCGGCGUGACGACAUCGGAAGUGGCGGGGUCCGCCGGAUCGGUCCGGAACUUCGACUUGAAUUUUCCGGCUAAGCCGGAAUUUUGGCUCGGUUUUGGCGGCGACGAUGAAGUUGAAUGUCCACACCCUUUCAAGAAGUCGCGCCUUGGAAAUUUUCUCAAUAUUUAGUUUACGCUUUUUUUGGAAUUUUUUAUUUUUGGUAGGUGAGAUAUGUUUUUGGUGUAUAUAUGAAGCAGAUUAAUUCAUUGAUUUAUUUAUUAA